AGAUGCUAACUGCAUUUCGUUGUCAUGGUACUUAGUACUCUGUGCAACGAUAAUAAAGUUGAAUUGAAUCUAAUAUUACAGCGCCACGUUUCCCAGUCGACAGGUGGAACAGGAGGAACAGGUGGAACCCGCAAGUUCAAGUGUACCGAAUGUUCCAAGGCCUUCAAGUACAAGCACCACCUGAAGGAGCACCUGCGCAUUCACAGCGGUGAGAAACCUUAUGAAUGCUCCAACUGCAAGAAGCGAUUCUCCCACUCAGGCUCCUACAGCUCCCACAUCAGCAGUAAGAAGUGUGUAGGUGCAGCACCCCCCAAUGGCGUCGCUCGGACCUCGAUCAAAUCCCCCCCACCCACCACCCAGACAACACCCAUCGUAAUUGCUCCAGCGCGCAACAUUCUUAAAGAGAAGACUGAAAGCAAACCCCUCCAGGAGCAGCUGCCCAUCACCCAGAUCAAAUCUGAACCUGUGGAGUACGAGUGCAAGCCUGUGACGGCGGCAAUGGCAACUUCAGCCGCUGCCAAUGGGGGGACGGAGCAGCCUCCUCCAGUUACUACCCUGCCCCCGGGGGUGGCUAUGGUCGUACCCACAGUGGGCCUCAUGUCGCCCAUCAGCAUCAAUCUGAACGACUUGCAGAAUGUGCUCAAAGUGGCGAUGGACGGGAACGUGCUCAGGCAGGUGCUGGGGACAGCUAACGGGCUGGUGACGCAGGGGAAGCAUGGAAUUGUACUCCAGCAGCCCCAGCAUCAGAUCAUCAGUCUGCCGGCCUUCGUGGAUCAUGACGGCACCACGAAGAUCAUCAUCAACUACAGCAUCAGCCCUGCAGCCGCCACCACAGCCACUACCCAGCCUGCAUCGCUUUUUGCCAAAACCAAUCCUGCUCUCCUUCCCACUAUCAUCACUGCUGCAGCCCCCACCCCCACCAGGACAGAUAGGCCUUCAACCCCAGAGGUGACCGACCUCUCCAUUGUUAAAAGAGAGCCAGAAUCAGUGGCCAUCACAGACAUGGAGACAGAGGCAGUCAAACAGACAGAAAUUACAUCAACGAUCCGAUCAAAUCAAAGGCCAAAAGUCAGCAGCAUCAGUACAUGUUUACUCUGCGAUGACUGUCCCGACAACCUGGAGGCGUUACACCUCCUUCAGCACCGUAAAGCAGCCAAUGGGGAGGCUGUUGACUCGGCUGCUUUGGACCCCUCGUUCGCUGCUCUGCUGAGCGAGGCGGGGGUCACGCUUGAGGAGCCGCCUGUGGACGAUCUCCUCUCACUCCUCAAGACGUACUUCGCCUCCGAUGCCAACCCCAGCGACAAGGAGCUGACAAAGAUCUCAGAGUCUGUCCGUAUUCCCGUUGAUGUGGUCAAAAAGUGGUUUGUAAAGAUGAACUUUGGGAAAAAUGCGUGCAAAUAUGGAAAUAAAACCACAGCAGUUUCAACAAAGACUCAAACCAUGAAUUCGAUCUCAGAGGAUCAGAAUGGAGAGGCAGAGAACGACAGCUCCAAAGAAACAUCCAACCAAGCCUCAUCACAAUCUGGCAACUCUUCUCCAUCAGACUCUUCACCACUAAGCCUCAACACCGGGGACCUCGUCAUCGUUAAGAGCGAGCCAGAAGACCCAGAUGUCCCGGACUCCCAGGCCGAGCCGCUCGACCUCUCCCUCCCUAAACAUAUCGCCGCAGCAUUAGAAACGAGCGGGACUCCUGUCAAGCUGCAGGAACAUCCUCUGAACCUGACCUGCCUGAGGAAGGAGCAGCUAGAGGGGCGGACCAUCUACAUCACCACACCUCAGAGCGGAGGAUCUGUCAACGUCAUCACUGCCGCACAGCUGCCCACAUUAGUAGCCAUCGCCAGUCAGGGCACGAUGGGCUGUCUCAGCGCCAUCAACACCACCACAAAACGCACCAUCCUCAUCCCACAACUCACCUACACCUACGCCACUACGGCCGGCAACGCCACUGGAGCCAAGACUGUCGUGCUCAACGGCCAUAAGCUGGAAAAGAAAGUGGACAGCGGGUCGGACGGCGUCUCCACAGUGGAGGAGCAGAAUGACUCCGAUUCACUGAUGAAGAAGCGACGGCUGGAAAACAGCUUCUUUCUCAGCAAAAGACCAGCAGAUUGUAUUCUGUUGUCGGGGUAUGAGAGGAGUGCAGUUGGCUUUGAGACGCUGCAGCAGCACCUGGUGUGUCUGAACUGGAAACCUGAUCACCAGCAGUUUUUAACAGUGCUCUGCCCUCAGCCACGCCCCUUUACUGAACCAGGAAGUAACCUCACCCAAUGA